GAUAAUUACCUUUUAGCAGCCAGGAGAAAAGGCAUUAAACGAGGCCUUAUGACAGCUUCCGGCGAUGCCCUUACUUGGUUCUGUAUUUACGGUGUAUAUGGAUUAGCCUUUUGGUACGGAGUCAAGCUUAUGCUCGAAGAUAGAGGUCAACCAGAUCCUGAGUACACCGGAGGAGUUCUUGUUACUGUGCUUUUCAACAUUGUAAUGGGAUCCAUUUAUUUUGGACAAGCGGCUCCGUAUUUUGAAGCACUUGCUCUGGCCCGUGGAGCAGCGGCAAAAGUUUUUGACAUCAUCGAUAGGAAAUCCUUGAUAGAUAGCAGCUCGGAGAAUGGCCUAAGAUUGUCAUCUUUGCAAGGAAGCAUCAAAUUCAGUGAUGUAUAUUUCAGUUACCCAGCAAGAACUUCUGUUCCGGUUUUGAGAGGUUUAUCUCUGACUGUUUCUCCCGGCGAAACGGUUGCUUUAGUUGGUGCCAGCGGCUGCGGAAAAAGCACAGUGGUACAGCUGAUUCUCCGAUUUUAUGACGCAGAUGCUGGAAGUGUGCAGCUAGAUGGACAUGACGUGAAGGACUUGAACAUUGGAUGGCUGAGGGAUAAUAUAGGCCUCGUUGGUCAAGAACCGGUCCUAUUUUCAACAACCAUAGCUGAAAAUAUAAAGCUGGGUAAACGCGGUGCCACGGACGAGGAGGUUAUCGCAGCUGCUAAAAUUGCAAACGCUCACAGUUUCAUUGAGGCCUUACCUCUGCAAUAUAACACGUUAGUCGGAGAGCGUGGAACACAACUGAGUGGAGGCCAAAAGCAAAGAAUAGCUAUAGCUCGUGCUCUUGUCAGAAAUCCGAAAAUUCUAUUAUUGGACGAGGCUACCUCUGCCUUAGACACAGAAAGCGAAGCCGUUGUGCAGUCAGCUCUCGACCAGGCCAGAUUAGGACGUACGACGAUAAUUAUAGCACAUCGUCUUUCCACGAUCAAAACUGCAGAUAAGAUCGUGGUAGUAUCGGACGGAGUUAUCAAAGAAGUAGGCACUCAUGACGAAUUGAUGGACAUGAAAGGAAGUUAUUACCAACUAAUCUUAACUCAGACAAAAGAAUCGGAUGAAGAAGAGGAAAAAGAGUCACCGGUUUUGGAAGCACAAACAGAUUCGGCUAUUAUUUUGAACGAGUCCAGUGAAGGUAUAGAAUUACAAGAUUACAGCUCUUUUCGGCGACCAUUCGAGAACGGAUUUCAUGCCGGCAUGGCUGCCAUUAACAAGACAGAAAUACCAGUUAUGGGCGAUGACGACGAUGCAGAAGAUGAAAAGGCCGAGGUGUCUAAAAUGCGUUUACUCAGAAUUUCUGCUCCUGAGUGGCCGUAUGCCAUAAUUGGAGGUUUAUCGGCUAUGCUAAUUGGUCUUCAUUUGCCUUUAAUUGGAGUAAUAUUUGGCGAAAUGCUUGGAGUAUUUUCUCUACCAACAGAAAUGAUUCCAGAAAAAGCAAAUUUCGUUUGCCUAAUGUUCCUAAUCAUAUCUUCAACAGCGUUCAUUUUCAGCUUCCUUCAGACGUUCAUGCUAUCAUUUGUCGGAGAGAGACUAACAACGAGAUUGAGAAAAAUGAUUUUCACUAAUAUAAUUACCCAAGAUAUAGCUUUCUUCGAUCACCCAAAGAAUAGUGUCGGAUCUUUGUGCUCCAGAUUAACGAAUGACGCAUCACAUGUGCAAGGGGCUACGGGGUCAAGAAUCGCCACUGGACUCCAUGCAACAUCUACAUUCGCUGCGUGUCUAGUAAUUGGCUUUUGGUACAGUUACAAAAUGGGAUUUGUCAUUUUUGCAUUUGUACCCUUUAUUGGCAUAGCCUUUUACCUAGAAGGCCGUGUUAUAAGCAGUCACAUGUUCGUCGAAGAAGCUGGUUUCGAAGCAGCUUCAAAGAUUGCUAUUGAAGCUAUAGAAAGCAUCCGAACUGUAGCAUCCCUGCAUGAAGAAAAGACAUUUUUCAUCAAGUUUCAUGAUGCGCUUUUAGAGCCUCACAAAAAAUCUCGACUGAAAUCCCAAAUCCGAGGAAUCAUUUAUGGUUUCGUGCAAUCGGUUCAAGCAUUUGCUUACGCUGCUGGGAUAUAUUAUGGAUGUAUUCUUGUAGCAAAUGAUGAAAUUGCAUAUUCAGAUCUUAUGAAAGUGCUGGAAGGAGUCCUUGUUGGUAUCAUGAUGGUUGGAGAAACGAUUGGCUUUGCACCUGACUACCACAAAGCUAAAGUCGGAGCAAUAAGGAUUUUCAAAUUGCUGGACCUCAAACCGCGUAUACACAUAUUUUCGGAACACGGGAAAACGUUGGAAAAUAUAGAAGGUUACAUCCGCUUCGAGAAGGUUCGAUUCAGGUACCCGAGUAGGCCCGACGUCCGGGUCUUGAACGGUUUAAACUUCGAAAUUGAGCCUGGGAAAACCGUCGCUCUAGUCGGCAGUAGUGGUUGCGGAAAGAGUACCUGCGUUCAACUCAUUGAAAGAUUCUAUGAUGUCCAACGAGGCAAAGUGAUAAUUGACAAAGAAAAUGUUAAAGACAUGAACGUUACUGAUCUCCGCUCUCACAUAGGUCUCGUAUCCCAAGAACCAAUUCUUUUUAGCUACAGCAUAGCAGAAAAUAUUGCUUAUGGGGAUAACACUCAAGAGAUGGAUAUGAAUAGAGUCAUCUCUGCUGCACGUCAAGCUAAUAUCCACAAUUUCAUCACUACUUUACCGAAGGGUUACGAUACUCCUCUUGGCGAAAGAGGGACGCAGCUCAGUGGAGGUCAGAAGCAGAGAGUUGCUAUUGCUCGAGCACUUCUUCGAAAUCCGAAAAUCCUUCUCCUGGAUGAAGCGACAUCAGCUCUUGACGCAGAAAGUGAAAAGAUCGUUCAAGAGGCAUUAGAUAAAGCCAGAACUGGACGAACCUGUUUGAUCAUUGCUCAUAGAUUAACUACAAUUCAAAACGCUGAUACGAUCAUGGUUAUCCAUAAAGGACGGAUAGUUGAGAAAGGUACUCACCAAGAACUUCUAAAUCAACGCGGCCAUUAUUACAAGCUGCAAAACAGAGAAGUCGGCCCAUUAAGACAAGAAGGAUGAAAUUAGUUCAAUUUAAAAAUUUUUGACUCGUGAAAUCAAAUACUUUUAGGCUACGCGGAGAAAACUUUUCUACAAAGCAAACGCAAGGAACAAACGAAGACGAAAAAAUGAAAAGUAUUAAUUUAUAUCAUAUUGUAUAAAAUGAUUGUAAUAUGUGAAUGCAUUAAUAUUUGAACUAUUUACACAUUUUUCUCUGUGAUAUUCUUUCACGUAUGAUAUUUUUAUUUGAAAUAAAACGUUUUUAUAAAAUAUAUAAGUAAUUUGGAAAUUCUGAAA